AUGCGCUCGAAAAUAUUUGAUGAUGCCAAACUCGAACGACUACGACGUGAGGCUAUUCCAUCGUCGAAUGAAUCGGCUAUGGCUGGAGAUGCAGCUCCACAUCCGACAGACCAGCAUCCACACGUGGACGCCACCAUGGAUCUUCCUGUUGUGGUUGAUUCGAACGACGAUGAAAUAGUCUCCCACGAACUAGAGCAAAUGAGGAGUAUAUUGGAAGAGGCGAUUUUGGAAACGCGCAGCACCCCUCUCGAAAAUCGACCGCGACUUCCCCGCAUACCCCUAAGCAAACGAAAUCGGGCUGUCGUGCGGGCUCUUAACCCAAUGCUGGUGACCUAUUUGGAAGCUAGCUGGGACCUUUGCGAGACGGACUCAAUUCUCUUUGGCGCCGCAGUGGCAGUUUGCCGUAUUAUUGGCACCAAACUACCCAUGACUAGACGCGCUACUACACAAAGUAGCGCCAUCCCAGCCUGGAGAAAAAGAAUCGAGGACCGUAUCGCAAAGGCAAGGGCCCUUAUCGGCAGACUGACAAGCUUCAGGUCGGGUAAUAAUAGACCGAGGAUUGUGCGCACCGUUAGGAUGGCGUUUGCUGGGACAAAUAUCAGUUUGUCCCAGCCGGAUAUCACGCAGAAACUAACAGAGCGCAUAGACGACCUGAAGCAAAAGAUCGCUGCUUGGGGGAAGCGGAUUCGACUUUACCGAGAGCCCGAAGUAAAUCAAUAA